UUUUGCUCCAUAUUAGCCUUAAAAACGCUAUACUCACGGAGUUUUUGAAUCGCAUUACCGAUCGGAGAUCAUCAGCUAUACUUGUACCACCAUCGAUCGCUCUACUUUCCGUAUAGCAGUUUUGGCCCAAGAAGUUUUUAGUGUGUUGACCACUAACCGAGUGUAUGAUUAAGUUUGAACUAGAAACCCUAAAACCCUAGAACCCAUUAAACCCUGAGAAGCCCGGCCUCGACGCACGCCCAUCUUGUCGCUCAUAUUAUGAGCGACAAGAGGGCGACAAAAUAUGCAUGUAGGGAUUAUGACAUAAUCCCUACAUGCAUAUUUUUCGAAAACCGAGUGUAUGAUUAAGUAAAUAGAUUACCGAAGAACAUCCUACUUCCAGGAAAUCGUGCCUGAGAGGACAUCAACACUUUUCCAAUGGUUACGUCUCGUCGUGUAUCAACUGCAAAUAUGUCUGGGUCUGGAAGAUUCUGAGAUUUGGAAUGUACGUUUAGCAUGGGGGAUAAUGUCUGUAAUGCAUGCCGUAGCAUCACAGACUUUUCGAGGGCUUCGCGCUGCCUAUUCCGCAUGACAUCAAAUGCCCUAGAUCUCCUGCGUCCGAAGCUGCUUGCGGCGACGGUGCAAAGGUUUUUGAUGAGGUGCAGGCGGGUAUGCAUGACAAUUGCGCUCUCCGCGUAGCCAAGGGUUGCAUAAUUCCCUUUGCAUAUGCUGGUCAUGCAAUACAAAUUUUUUUGGAAUCCAAAUGGAGCAUCACAAGUUCGGAUUCUUCCAGACCCAGACGAGACAUUUUUGCAUUUGAUAUCGUGGAUUGCCCUGCUGGGCGAUUGCCGUGCUGGUCGCGGUACUAGGGGGAGCUGUCCUUAUCGCUGUUGUUGUUACAACGACUGUGGUCAUUGUCCUACAACGGGCAGGGCAGGCAAACGAAAACGAGGAACAACAAGUGUCAUGGCCAUGGGGGCAGAGGACAAGGCAUAAUGAAAUCCCGACUGGCCGGAGGAAUCAUAAUGAAGUCCCGACUGGCCCCCCAGCUGGACUUCGAUUGUCAUGGCCAUGGGGGCAGAGGAGUCAUAAUGAAAUCCCGACUGGCCCCCCACCUGCACCACCGCCGCGGCCAGCGCCUGGCCCCCAACCACCUGCACCACCGCCGCGGCCAGCGCCUGGCCCCCAACCUGCACCACCGCCGCGGCCAGCGCCUGGCCCCCAACCACCUGCACCACCGCCGCGGCCAAUAGUACCCCCGUUAUCUGCAGACACACAGCUCGUGAUCCAGCAUGCGGGGCUGAACGCGUUGUGCCAGUCGCCGGACGUGUUGGAGUGCAGGCAGUGGACGAGGACGCAACAAGGAGGCACGGCUACGGCUAGUCAAGAACAUCAAGGCACAGCAUCAACUGCUACGACAACGAACGCCCCAAGUUCCUCCGACUCGACUUACUAUGUGUCCGUCGACAUGAAGAAGAAUGUUGGCGCUUCUGCAAAUAACGGCGCGGACGAUGAAGAUGGCUUCACCAUUGAACUCGAUCUUCCUGCUGGCGUGUUUUACGAUGGACGUUAUCCGGGUAUACCCGCGUACCAGUCGGGCAAGUACAUCGUGAGAAGCCGAAGAUUGCGGCCCUCCUAUGUCCGGCGCGACCCGGAUCUGGCACAGUUCUCUCCCAUUCGUUCCCAGCGCAUGGGCUGGGCGGACGCAGAGCUUACGCUUCCCGGCGCGAGGACUAGUACGACGACCGGUUCUACUGCUGGUACUACUGGUGGAGCCAUCGAUAAUAAUGCGCCACCAGCAACGACAGCGCCACGACCAAUAAAUACGAUCCCAAUUUUCCUGAAAUUUGACGAGCUCGACUUUCGCAACGAUGACCGCGCCAAGGAUUUUCUGCACAACGCUGAAAAAAUCUCGGAUGUUUGCCACAGGGUUGCGCUGGGUCUUUCCCCGCUCCCAGCAUUCCCAAGCCUAGAAAAGGAGUUCGGAAAUUAUGGUAGUAGCGCCACGACUUCUUCACAAUGGCAGCCACAUGUUCUUGCAGGCGAACGCUUGAGGCGAUUGUUUCGGAUGCGGCCCGUUCCUGCUCCGGCCAUCAUCUCCGUAAUCGGUCCGCCCGGCAAAGAGACCGGCUGUUAUCCUGUGCAAAAGUAUCGUACUCGUAGUAAUUGCAGCAGUGCAUUACAAAUCUUGUUUCCAAGGUAAAUCAGCAUGACAAAUUCCAUUUGUCACGCUGAGCAAAUUUGUCAUGCGAUUUCUACUAGUACGAUACUUUUGCAGUUCAUAGCUGUGGCUUUUUGACGAUGUUGGAAAAGGCUGAUAGUGACAACGAGUCCUCGCCGUCGCCGGCGUCACCAACUACAACGCCAGCCGCACCUGCUGGACGAGCAAGCAGCCCCGUUCUGGCUCGGCGGUCGAUGCUAUCCCAGUGCACAACCUCGUCCCCUCUCCCUCAUUUCUCAUGCAAAAUACCAAUUCCACACGUUCUCUCCUGACACUAUUAAUACUUAUAACAAGUUCUGGUAGCUCAAAUAGCACUAUAAUCCAGUGCAAAUUUUUUGUCAUGCAGAACCGGCAUUCUUGCUGAUGCUUGUAUUGCCGUUCAUGCAAUGCAAAUGAGGGGGAGGGCGGGGAGUUGUGCACUGUCAUAAAUGCCCUUGAGCGACGUGCUGCGGCGAGUCAAGGAGGCCCGAGAAAGUGCAGGCGGCUAUCAAAUGUAAAAAUGUCUGGGUCUGGAAGAUGCAACUUGUGAUGCUGCAUUUGGAUUCCAGAAAAAUCUGUAUUGCAUGAGUUGUACUAAAGGGAGUGCAAUUUUUGCUACGCUGAGAAGGCAUUUGUCAUGCGGAAUAGGCAUCAAGAAGUCCUCAGAAAAUCUGUAUUGCUAGGGUAUGCAUCACAGAUCGAUCAUGGCUCGUCAUGCAAAACAUGCAUGACAAGUGUCAGAAUCUUCCAGACCCAGACAUUUUUGCAUUUGAUAGCGGCGCCACAACUACAUUUCUGCAGCGGCCGGGGGCAGCAGCACCAGCACCAGCAGCGGCUCGACCACCAGCGAACACAACUACUAUGUUGACACAAGCCUCGACUGCGGCAGAUAUUGACGACGCCCUGCAGGCUCUCUUUACGGACACGUCGACUACCGACUUUGUGCAGCAGCUGUACACGGAGCUGGUGCGAAACUUGCGGACAAUGGACCGGUCGGGUUUUUUAUACAUCGACGUGCACGGCUUGAACACCUUGGUGCACUUUGAGCUUGUAGAAGUAGCAGACUCCUCGCAGCCCCGGGCCCCACCUGUCGCGGCUCCCGUUGUACAACUGCGGUAUGAACUGUCCCUGGUAGAUUACAAAACCCUGUUGUACAUGCGGUCUGCGCAGAAAGGUUUUGGUGGGCGGGAUGACAGCGGCUUGGUCCUCAAUAACACGAGCGGACGAGACAGCAGGCUGCUGCACGAAAAACUUCUUUUCGAGGUGGCGAGGACAGCGCCAACGCAUUCCACAGUAACCUCCAACCCGGUUCUUGCACCUGAUUUGCACAGACCGCGGCCACAGACCGUACGAACCCUUUUCGCUUUGACGAAGUUACCAACCCAAUGGGGUGGCGCACGUGGCCACAUCAAGAAUUUGUUUUAUCCCCUGCGCCACAGUCGCCGCGAUCCGAAUAAUGCGGGCCGAUCCUGUAAAGCCUAUGGUGACGAACUGUAUCCCUGGGACCAAUGGGCUCCGGACGCGGUCCCAACGGGCCCGAUGGCGGACGAGCCGGUUGCGUACGACCUGCUUAGUGGCAUCAUGGAGGACAUAGCUUUCGGUUACGCGAUUGUGGGCCACGCGUUCAAGGACCUCCUCACCUUUGAACAGAAAGAAGAGAUCGAGAUAGCCGUGCUAGAGGAAGACAUUGCCGCCGGCGUCUACCAGAACAUUCCAGCCGACGCGCNACCUCCUCACCUUUGAACAGAAAGAAGAGAUCGAGAUAGCCGUGCUAGAGGAAGACAUUGCCGCCGGCGUCUACCAGAACAUUCCAGCCGACGCGCAUUACGCGGCCCCGGCGGGAGGACAGCCUAGGGAGGAGAUGGACCGGAACCGCAUACGAGAGCGGAAUAGCUGCCUAA